AUGACAGUCUCUUACAACCUCGAUGUUUCUUCGGUUUCCGGCUUCACCUUUCUCAAACUGCUCGGAAAAUGGAAAGGAUCCAUAUUCAAAUCAGUUUAUGUGGAAAUGAUUGCCUGGAUUGUGAUCUAUUAUAUUAUCAAUGCCAUAUAUCGAUACGCGUUGACCGAGAAGCAGCAAGUGAUGUUCGACAAUAUUGCGAUUCAUUUGGACAGUAGGCUUGUGUAUAUUCCAUUGACAUUCAUGCUCGGCUUCUUUGUCAAUAUUGUGGUUGAUAGAUGGAGGAAUAUGCUCGUCAAUAUCUCGUAUAUCGAAAACUGCGCUUUAUCGGUGAGCAGCCUUAUUCGCGGCAAAUGCGAAGAAGCGAUGCUGAUCCGACGAACGAUUAUCCGAUACCUGGUACUCUCGCAGGUUCUUCUAUUCCGCGACAUUUCGAUGAGAGUGAGAAGGCGAUUCCCAAAUUUGGAUUCGCUCAUUGAUGCUGGAUUCUUGUUUGAGGAUGAGCUCAAUAAAAUCGAGCAGUUCAAAUUCGAUUAUAACAAAUAUUGGAUGCCGAUCAAUUGGGCCAACAGCAUAAUUUGUCGGGCGACAUUUUCAGAGCGGGCUUACAUCGAUAGUGCUCCAACAAUGAACCAAAUACUGAAUACAAUUAAAGACUACCGUGCAUCUCUUGACAUGAUGUGCAAAUACGAUUGGGUUCCAAUUCCAAUCGCCUAUCCUCAAGUUUGA